AUGAAUCCCGAAUACGACUACCUCUUCAAGCUCCUCCUUAUCGGAGACUCUGGUGUAGGAAAGUCCUGCUUGCUGUUGCGAUUUGCAGAUGAUACAUAUACAGAGAGUUACAUCUCAACCAUCGGUGUCGACUUCAAAAUCCGAACGAUCGAGUUAGAUGGGAAGACCGUGAAGCUGCAGAUUUGGGAUACCGCGGGACAAGAACGUUUCCGAACCAUCACAUCUUCCUACUACCGAGGUGCUCACGGCAUCUGCGUUGUCUACGAUGUUACCGAUAUGGAUUCAUUCAACAACGUCAAGCAAUGGCUGCAGGAGAUCGACCGAUAUGCUACAGAGGGUGUCAACAAAUUGCUCGUAGGCAACAAGAGCGAUAUGUCAGACAAGAAGGUUGUGGAAUACACAGUUGCAAAGGAGUUUGCGGACAGCCUCGGCAUCCCAUUCCUCGAAACAUCAGCCAAGAACGCCAGCAAUGUCGAGCAAGCUUUCCUGACCAUGGCCCGCCAAAUUAAGGAGAGAAUGGGAACGACAACCGCAAACAACAAGCCAACAGUUCAAGUAGGACAGGGACAAGGAGUGAAUCAAGGAUCCGCUGGUGGCUGCUGUUAA